AACCUCGCCCUGCCUGCUCUCUGUCUGCUACUCUCGGUUGUUUGCAACUUCAAACCUCAGAGCGACAACACCCAGCGGGCAUAAUCCGGAGCUCAUGAAUGGACACACAACAUUUAGAUAAUACGGCUCCUGAUAUCUAAUGGUUUCUUGUAGUGUGGUCUUUAAACGUCACUUACACAGUAGCUCAGUCCUUUCGUGCAGUCUUUGACCCUGGGGACAGCUUGAAGAGUCGGUGGUGCAUCAUGGAGCACAUGUCCUCUCCGGUCAGGUUCCGCAACAAUAAGAAAGCAACUUCUUUGGAAAAAGAGGUGGGAAAAUUUUCCAGCCUGUCCAUUGAGGACCAAGAGGACACUCAGUUUCCUUUUGCUAUGAGAGAUCUGCCUCCUGUCUCUCAGCUGGGUGAACAGCAGCAAACACAAGGACACCAGGCACCAGGCAGUUUUGAAGCAGAGGAAACCAAUGGUAGGCUCCCUAGCCUGCCCGGGACUCCUUCUACACCCCAUCCCAUUCCCUGUUACCCUGCUGGCUCUCCAACCACCCCUACCAGACCAAAUCGCAUGGGAAUAAACACAGAGUUUCACCCCCCGCCGCUCAGGAGGCAGGUCGUCACUCAGGUGUCUUUGGACUCUCCUCUGAGCCCAUCUUCGCGUCCACGGAGCCCCUGGGGGCGUUUUGAUCCUUACGACUCUCCAGAGGAUCAGGACAAGGAAUAUGUGGGUUUUGCCACAUUGCCCAACCAGGUUCACAGAAAAACAGUGAAGAAAGGUUUUACAUUCACGCUUAUGGUGGUAGGAGAAUCUGGCCUGGGUAAAUCCACUCUCAUCAACAGUUUGUUCCUCACUGACCUCAACAAAGAAAGAAAGGUUCCCAAUGCACAAGAGCGGAUCGAUCAAACAGUUGACAUUGUCAAACACACAGUGAGCAUCGAAGAGAAAGGAAUCAAACUGAGGCUCUCCAUCAUAGACACCCCUGGAUUUGGAGAUGCCAUCAACAACACAGAGAGCUGGAAGCCCAUUGAAGACUACAUCGACCAGCAGUUUGAGCAGUACUUCAGAGACGAGAGUGGGUUAAACAGAAGAAACAUCCAAGACAACAGAGUCCACUGCUGCCUCUACUUUAUCUCUCCAUUUGGCCACGGUCUCCGACCUCUGGAUGUAGAGUGCAUGAAAGCGCUGCACGAAAAAGUCAACAUAGUUCCUGUAUUGGCCAAAGCUGACAGCCUGACACAAGAGGAAGUCUAUCGAAAGAAGAUGCAGAUCAGAGAGGAGAUCAAGCAGUUUGGGAUCAACAUCUACCAAUUUCCUGAGUGUGAUUCAGAUGAAGAUGAAGACUUUAAGAACCAGGACCAGAUACUAAAGGACAGCAUCCCAUUCGCAGUCAUUGGCAGCAAUGUACAGGUGGAGAGUAAAGGUCGACGAUUCAGAGGUCGGAUCUAUCCCUGGGGUGUGGUUGAAGUGGAGGACCCGGCUCACUCUGACUUCCUGCUGUUGAGAAACAUGUUGGUGAGGACGCACAUGCAGGACCUUAAAGACGUGACCCGGGAGACACACUAUGAGAACUACAGAGCCCAGUGCAUCCAGAACAUGACACGCAUGGUGGUGCAGGAGAGGAAACGCAGUUUGCGAGAGAAGUAUCGAGAUGCAAGCGAAACAGAUUUUCCUCUGCCGCUGGACGUUGUCGACACAGAGAGGGAGAGACUCAUCUUUGAGAAAGACGAAGAGCUGAGGAGGAUGCAGGAGGUGCUGCACAGGAUUCAGGAGCAGAUGCAGCGCAGCCAGAGUGAAGGUUGAUCCUCCCAUAAUUCCCUAGAGGAGGAGACAGAUGAGGUGUGCCCAGGACACAGAGGAGGUCCUGUUUAUUAAAAUCUGAUGAACUAAAAGAGAUGGGCUUAAGAAGCAAAAAAAUAAAACACGUCUUGCUGAUACUACAGUAUCAAGCAAGCUGAUUGGCUCAUCUUGUCAGAUGGACACUGAAAACAAGGAGAAAAAAAACUUUGCCUGACCUACCUUAAGCUGAAAAUUGAAGUUUGUUCCAUAUGGCAAAUGUUCCUGAAACUCAGGGAUUAAUUUAGGAAGGUUGAGUAAAGCCUCUUAGGUUAUCUCCUGUAUUAAGAGGAGAACAAACGAAGUGUGUUUUAAGUGUUGAGAUUAUGCUUUAGUUUUUGUCAUCAUACAACGAAUGUGCAUUUCAGUUACCAUUGGCCGUUACUGAUGUAAAGCCUCACUCACAUCAUUAACUUUUAUAUUAUGUGACAGUAAGAAUGUUGUUUUUAGAUAGCAAAGAGAAAAAAGGAAAAUGAUCAAAGCUCAGCAUAUUAUGGCAGCAUUUUCUCCUUGAAGACAUAAUGAGCGCAUGAAAAUGAUACCAAAUAAAGUGUUCUUUUUUAGUGUUUUACUCGACAAAUACACACAUGCACAAUACAGUUCCUAUGAAAUGUAUUCACCCCCUUGGAUGUUUUACCCUUUUAUUGAUUUUAUAAACCAAUCAUGGC